CAAUGUUUUGAAGGUAUACGCCAGCAGCGAGUUAAAAACCAGCAAAAAUUACUGAAAUACGAAGAGUUUUUGUAUAAAUUUAAUGUAAUUUUUGUGAGAAAGUGUUUUUCUAUUUAUUAUUGAUGGAUUAUCCUCGACCAUGUGGUUGUAAGGGGCGUAGGACGUGCCUUAGCUGUGAGGCCGAAUUUGGCAUCGUGCGAAGUGAUUUCUACACCACAUUUCAGGACUCUGAAUCGUAUGUGUUCUGUCCGCGUUGUAGCAAAAUUUACCCCGGAUGGGAUUGGAAAAAGGUCCUGUCGGAGCAUGUAGACAUACCACAGCACGGUGGCGCACAGGGAGAAAACUACCCGGGAGUGUACAUUGAUCUCGAUUUUCUGUCCACCGCAGAGGAAGAGCACCUGGUGCAAGGUCUAGACGAGCUGCCCUGGGACAUUUCACAGAGCGGUCGACGAAAGCAAAACUUCGGACCGAAAACAAAUUUCAAAAAAACACGCUUAAGACCGGCCCAAUUUGCCGGCUUUCCGCAAGUGACCGAAUUUGUGCAGCGUCGAUUUGCAGAGGUUCCCUUAUUGGCAAACUUUCAAACGAUAGAACAAUGCUCGUUGGAAUAUGCACCGGAACGAGGUGCCUCGAUCGAUCCGCACAUAGACGAUUGCUGGAUCUGGGGCGAACGGAUCGUGACAGUUAACAUGCUGAGCGAUUCCGUUCUGACGAUGUCACUGUAUCGUUGUGGUGAUGGGAAAUUAAAAUACAACCUACAUUUUCUGGAUCAGUAUCGCGAUCAUCUGCUGGGGCAAUUGAUGGACGAGAAAACGUUGCUUUGCCAUGAACACCGCAUCGUACGAAUACCGAUGCCGAGACGUUCGCUGUUGGUACUGUACGGAUCUCCGCGUUAUCAGUGGGAACAUUCGGUUCUGCGUGAAGACAUAACGGAGCGACGUGUUUGUUUGGCUUAUCGGGAAUUUACACCAAUGUAUCUGCAAGGUGGCAGUGAGUUCAAGCAGAGUGAAGAUAUCUUCGAACGAGCGAAACAAUUUUGGGACCACCGAUCAGUACAGGUGGAUAGCUAAUGUUUCGCAUCAUUAGCUUGUUUUGAAGCAAUACGGUAGAAAUACACAGUACUUUUGUAUAUCUGUAGCAAGUUACACCGUUCAAAAAGGCUGUAAGAUGCAAUAGGUGAUUUUCGUAAUUUAAAUAUAGUGCAACUAAAUUACACAGGAAAA